GGCCAGUUUGGUUGCAUUUUCACCCGUACUUAGACGCGGACCGGCGUGUCCUUGAGAUUAGAAAGCGGGACGUUUGGCUUGGGAGCGGGAACGGCUUAGUCGUACACGGAGAAAGAACGAUUUAAAAAUGGGUGAUGUUGAGAAGGGCAAGAAGAUUUUUGUUCAGAAGUGUGCCCAGUGCCAUACUGUGGAAAAGGGAGGCAAGCACAAGACUGGGCCAAAUCUCCAUGGUCUGUUUGGGCGAAAGACAGGUCAGGCUGUCGGAUUCACUUACACAGAUGCCAACAAGAACAAAGGCAUCACCUGGGGAGAGGAGACGCUGAUGGAGUAUUUGGAGAAUCCCAAGAAAUACAUCCCUGGAACAAAAAUGAUCUUCGCUGGCAUUAAGAAGAAGGGAGAAAGGGCAGACUUGAUAGCUUAUCUCAAAAAAGCUACUAAUGAGUAAUAGUUGGCCACUGCCUUAUUUAUUAUGAAACAAAUGUCUCAUGACUUUUUAUGUGUACCAUAUUUAAAUUGAUCUCAUACACUAGAAUUCAGACCAUGAAUAGCUGAUGUAAUAUUUCUGUCCUGAUUUAAAUAAGAUUGGCUUGUGGCUAAAUGAAUAUGGUCAGCUUUUUGAAUUUUGAUAGUAAUUCUGGUUCAGCAAGUACUAUCCCUGUUUUCCCCUUCUAAAGAGAUGAUUAAACUUGAAUAAGGAAUGUUAAA